GCGCGCAGCAGUCUCUGCACAGACCUCACUUCACCUACAACUACAGGCACAUUUUCACCGCCAUGCCUCCCCCACCCAAGCGCAAGUGGCACCGCCCCAGACCCAGCGGCGCUGCUCCCACCAACGGAGCCAACCCUCUCUCGACCGCCGCCCAACAGCCGAAGCGCCCCAGAACCGAAGAUGUCAAGAUGCAAGACGUCAGCUCUACAGGCCCUGUCGAUGUCAAGGCUAUGUACAGUACAUCUGCUGGCAACACCGAAGCCAAGCGCUUUUCUGAGAUGAAGGGCAUACUGGACCAGGCGCUGCUAAACAGCCUGGACAAGAUGGGCUUCGAGUUCAUGUCGCCGGUGCAGCAGAAGGUGCUGACUGAGCUGCCGAGCAUCACGUCUGAUUGCAUUGUGCAGGCCAAGACCGGUACUGGCAAGACGGUUGCUUUCCUGCUGCCGGCCAUCCAGAACCUUCUUGCCGGCAAUGCGCCCCCAAGAGGCAAGGUCGGUAUCCUGAUUGUCUGCCCUACUCGCGAGCUGGCGCUGCAGAUUGCGAAGGAAGCACACGGCGUCACUGCCUGCCUACCACGGAAGAUGGAAACCCACACCGCCUUCGGUGGUACUUCUCGUGCCUCCAACCUCAAGGCUUUCAUGAACGGCAACCCCACUAUCCUUGUUGCCACGCCCGGUCGACUAGACGACAUCCUUGGCGAGGAAGAGGUUCGUGAGCGAUUCACUCACGUCAAGACCGUUGUUCUCGACGAGGCUGAUCAGAUGCUCGAUGCUGGUUUUGCGCCAGCAGUCAAGAAGAUCCUUCGCCGCAUCCCACCCAAAAACGACGGCUGGCAGGGCAUGUGCUUCUCUGCCACUAUGAACCCAGAUGUCAUGGAUGUCGCAAAGUGUGUUCUCUUCCCUGGAUACACCGCGCUUUCGACAGUGGACCCUAACGAGGUCCCCACCCACGAGCGCGUCCCACAGUUCUUCAUCACUGUUCCCUCAGUAACACAGACAUUCGCUGCCCUUCUAGCCUUGAUCGAGGAGGAGUACAACAAGAACCCCACCGACUUUAAGGUCAUCGUCUUCGGCACAACUGCAAACGGCGUGGGUCUGUUUUACGACCUGUACAAGAACGCCUUGCCCCAGUUCAGGCUCUUCGAGCUGCACAGCCGAAUGUCUCAACCCGCCCGAACCAAAACCACUCAGCAGUUCAAGGAUGCUACAAGCGGUAUCUUGGUAGCGUCUGAUGUGGUAGGUCGCGGAAUGGACUUCCCUAACGUGGGCCUUGUUGUUCAGGUCGGACUUCCGUCAAGUACUGAGCAGUAUGUUCACCGAGUCGGUCGUACAGCCCGUGCUGGCAAGGAUGGUCGCGCUGUCAUCAUCCUGUCCGAGCAGGAAUCCUUCUUCCCAAAGAUUAACAGGACUCUGCCGCUCAACCCUUACCCUGUGGACAUCGUCUCAAAGGUGCCUCAACAUCAGCGAACCGUUGAUCGGGCAUUCACCAAUGUGGAAGAGGAGGCAAAGGCAAAAGCCUACCAGGCAUUCCUCGGAUAUAACAAGACCUUCUUGAAGAAGUUGAAAUUGACCCCCGCCGAACUCGUACGCCAUGCAAACGAAUACGCGAAGGCCAUGGGCUGCCCGGAACCGCCCCUCAUUGAGAAGAGCACAAUCGGCAAGAUGGGCCUGAAAGGUGUUCCUGGUCUCAGAAUCGGCUCUCGCAGGGCUUAAGCCACAGACUGAGUCUGUGUAGGCGACAGCCUGCUCUGGCCGUGCUGGAACAAUGCAUCAUCUGAAUGAAGACCGCUUUUCGAUGCCAUCUUCUUCCUCUGCAGCCUGUUGCAAGAUACCCGGCGUUAUUGGAAAGCGGCGUUGAACACUCGAUUUGUAUAGACCAAGCGACUUUCACGAUAACCACCUUUUUGAUAGACCUAGCAUAGAUAAUGAUCGAAACACGAGGCCGAAAGCCGAUGUGGCUGAACACUUUUUUGCGAGAAACUACAUGUGUGGAGGCAAGGGAGUCCGGCCAGUGAAAUAGAAGACAACAGCGGUCGCGCCACCGAAUCCGGCUCGCAAACAACUUUCUGGACCGCUCCUCAUGGAACGCAGUCUCAUGUACAGGAA